AUGCCAUCCACUUUCAGAGCCUCGCGCUCAGGGCGACACCUCGACGGUGCCCCUAACCGCACCCGAACCGGCCAAAUCGAUCACGAUGUCUUUGAGGGAUUACCAGUGCGCCGCUGGUCCCGACAGCCACAUACCUUUUCACAAGCUCCCAAGCCUAAUGACUCGGACUUUGGCGUUCAAGGCCCAGGUGAAGGACCAACCCUGCCGGAGAUCCCCAUGCCAAGAGACAGCCAGCUAUUACCACCGAUCAGUCGUGCGCUCCUUCGAGCAGCUCGCGCUGGAUGCAUAAACAUUCUCCAAGGCAGUCGAGCAGGUGAAGAUGAGGAGAAGAGUGUCGCAGAUGCAGAAGACUCGGCUACAGCAUCCCAUAUGGCCGAUCGGAGUUUCACUACUCGCAAAUGGAUGACGCUUCCCAAACAUCUCGAGCCGGCGGAGGUGGAGUUUCUGGCAAAGAGGCGACCUGGUCUUCCCUCUCUCUAUGGUGCAACUGCCGGUACAGAUGGAAGUUUCGGUGCGGCUCAUGGGCCUAUGCGGAGGACGAAGUUCAAGAAAGCCGACCCUGAAACUGGAGUUAUAUCCGUUUACGAGGCGUGGGUGCCGGAGGGUCAUCGCAUCGAAGGAGAGAUCACUGGCGACUUGCAGACCAUUGUCGAACAGAGCCAAGUGCCCGUGAAACCCGAGGCACCUGCGCCCGGGACAGUCGUUGAAGGGGUCGGCAUUGUCAAUGCUGAGGGAGUUGUGGUCGCGGAGGCUGGAUCGGCGGCUGUAAUGACGCCUCCGAAAAGGCGCCCUCCCCCACCCAAGCGCAAGGGUCGGGGUAUUGGAAAGGGUCGGAAGAAGAAGGUUAUGUUUGCCCCGGGCGAAGGAGCCGAUGCCGCCCUGGUGCAUGGGGUCGCUCCUAGCGCUAGCAAUGGUGACUUUGUCAAGGGCGAACGCCAGGAGGGUGCUUCACAAGACCAGGCUGGUCAAGAGGAAGACGAUGAAGAUGGCGACGAGGGUGAUGAGAGCGAUGAGGGCGACGAGUCCAUGCUUGAUGCGAAGACCCCCGAGACUCCCGGGCGCUCAUCCGAAACGCCCGUUGCGCGACCAAUAGAUGUCGACAUGGCAGAUACCGUUUCAGGUCAACCUGAUACCCUCGAGCUAUCCUCGUUACCUGAAAAGGACCUGAGUUCGCAAACACAGCCGAUGGCGCCUGGACCUUCCCAGGCUGACGUCUCUAAUCCGAAUGAGGAGGCUGCCAUUACACAACCAAACGAGACUCGCCUUUCUCAGGACAAGGAUGUCGCAACGAGCGAACCCACCGAGCCUACAGCCGUGACAGGCGAACCUCAAAAUGGAAAUACCGAACUACAAGGGAGCUUGUCAGCCGAGAUUCCUACGUCUGAUCUUGCACCAAAAGAAGAACCCGAGCACACAGGCGGAGAAACCACGACCACUCCGCCAACUGUCAGUCCCAGACAACCCUCAGAGAACCCAGCGACGCAGCCCUCGCCCCAAUCACAUACACCUGAGCAACCACUCGGAGAAGCGAUAAACCCCGACGAGGGCGCCGUAUCGACAGAUCUCUCAGCAAAGGCCCAGCAACCUCAAGACCUCCAAAAAGAGUCUUCUCUUCCUCCCAUCACACAAGACCAGCCCUCAGUAGCCUCUGAGAGUGCACAAGCAGCUUCUCCCCCCAUCAUCGGACCCAGCCAAGGGGCCGAAGCCCAAGAUACCGAGAUGGUAGAUGCCUCAUCGGAACAAAACCCCGCGCCAGAUGCCCACACUACUGCGCCCUCAGACUUGCCUCAGCCGUUACCAACCGCAGAGAACGUGCCUGAGCCCAUCGCCGAGCCGGUCACCACCACUGAGGUAUCUGCUGUAGCUUCCGCAGAUUCCAGUCUACCGGGUUUAGCGUCUGACGGAAACGGAAACGCAAACACAGAAACAACCCAAGCUGAACCACAGGGUUCUCCGCCUCAGGAGGUUGUGGCGGCUACUGGUGAACCCGAGCAGGUCCCUGAACCCGCUCCGCAGGCGGCCCCGUCUGAAUCUACCUAA